AAUACAUCAGGUCCUGCAGCUAAAGUGCUUAAUAAAUGUGCUUAAAAGUACAUAAAGUAUCUUUACAUCCUUGACCCUCAACUUUAAACUCUCCAUGUCUUCUUAUUACAACCUUUUUUGAUCAAAAUGGACUAUCCCGAGCAGCAGAUCCAACACAUCAUCCGCAGCUUGACGCAAUAUUCGCACGACGACCAGCGCACUGCUCUCCAAGAUUAUUUCCUACCCGAUGCCUACUUCGUCCAUCCUUUCUGCCGCGUGCCGUCCUUCGGCAAUUGCAAGAUUCCCUACACCGACUUGACUGUAAACUCGCGCCAGUUGGUGUUUUACAUCUACCAGUGGUACCGAAUCUUGAGCCCGGAUAUCAAACUUAGCAUCGAUUCGACCAGCUUCGACAAGGACAAGAAUCUUUUAUACGUUAUGAUCCGCCAGACCUUCACCCUGUGGUUCGUGCCACUCUCGCUAUGGCAGGCCAACGUGAAGCUGGUCACGGUGCUAGAGUUGCAGCAGCUUAGUACGGAUAAGAGCCACAAACCGCUGCUCGGCGAGACGUCGACUCCCGUCAACGGCGAGCGGCCUCCUAAGCUGUACUUCAUCAAGGGUCAGCAGGACCAUUAUCAGAUAGAGGAUUUCCUCCAGUUCGUCGCGCCGUGGGGUGCUUCGCUUCUAUGGAUGGCAUGGCAGAUUUACGCAACGAUCAUCUGCACUGUAGGCGUGAUAUUCCUCCGGACCCCCGUCGCCUUGUGUCAGAAAUACUUCCUCGGUCGGGAUACUAGGGCCAUCAAGACGCUGUAGGAUGCUUCGUCUCGAGUUUUCGAAGUGCUGCCCGAGGCUUCGGGGGGUGAGUGUUCGCUUCGCAAGGCGAUAGGCUCGAAGGGCCGAGACCAAAAUAGCUACUACCUACGAUGAUAUAGCUGCGCGUUUAAACGAGGAUGACGAUAAUGGCGAGCGCCAGGGCAGCAGUUCCAUUCUUAGACGCCUAAUCGUCUCACUCGCACGCCACUAGUAUGAGGUGCCUCCACUAAAU